CUUUAACACAUUAAAAGAACAGGAAAAAAUAAAUCGGAAAAAAGUAUUUUACAAACUCUCCAAAAUCGGGAAUUUUGGAUUUCCAAACCCUAGCCUUCAAAUUGAUUCUCUUCCCUGAAUAGUAACGCUCGCUCUCUCGUCACAGUAUGGCAAAGAAGCGGAAGCACGAUGCCGACUCCAUCGAGCCAACCCAACCCCAGCAGAAACAACAGCAGCAGCAGUUGGAACCAGUCGCAGUGGAACCAGAAUCCACAAAUCAAUACGAACAAAUAGUGGAAGAAGAGUACGAGGACGAAUACGAAGAAGAGGAAUCCACAAAUCAAUACGAACAAACAGUGGAAGAAGAGUACGAGGAGGAAUACGAAGAAGUUGAAGAAGAAGAGGGAGUGGAGGAGGAGGAAGAGAACGAACACGAAGAUCAGAAUGCCCGAGAUCAGACGGUAGAGGCUGCCAGCAAUCAGACGCUACAGAAUACGUCCACGUCGAAUCUUGGAGCAGUCGAAGAAGGCGAUGAUGUCGAUGAACCGAUAUCGAAGCUUCUGGAGCCGUUCAGUAAAGAACAACUUGUUACGCUGCUAUGCGAAGCUGCGGAUUCUCACCGCGAUGUGGCGGAUCGAAUUCGGGGAGUUGCCGAUGAGGAUCCUGUGCACCGUAAGAUCUUCGUUCAUGGACUUGGCUGGGACACUAACGGCGAGAUUCUUAUGAGCGAGUUCAAGCAGUACGGGGAGAUUGAAGACUGCAAGGCCGUCUGUGACAAGGUUUCGGGGAAAUCCAAGGGAUACGGUUUCAUCCUCUUCAAGACUAGACGCGGAGCUCGUGAGGCCUUGAAGCAGCCCCAGAAGAAAAUUGGCAACCGGGUUGCCGCUUGCCAGCUUGCAUCUAUUGGCCCAGUCCCCGCACCUAGCACUGCUCCAGCCGUUCAGCCUCAACAGCAGCCCUUGUCCGAAUUUACACUGAGAAAGAUAUAUGUGAGCAAUGUUGGGGCUGAAUUGGAUCCACAGAAGUUGCUAGCAUUCUUUUCCAAAUUUGGAGAGAUUGAGGAAGGGCCAUUGGGGCUCGAUAAGAUAACUGGGAAGCCCAAAGGAUUUUGCUUGUUUGUGUAUAAGACAGUUGAGAGCGCAAAAAAGGCCCUAGAGGAGCCCCACAAGAACUUUGAGGGGCAUAUUUUGCACUGCCAGAAGGCUAUUGAUGGGCCAAAACCAGGUAAAGGUCAUCAGCGGCAGCAUCAUGGUCAGCACAAUUCGCAAUUCCGAAGGAAUGAUAAUCAGGGAUUUGUUGGUGGAGCUGCAGCGGGGGGUGGGCAUCUAAUGGCACCAGCUGCUGGUAUUGGGUUCAAUCAAGGGGGCGGGUUCAAUCAAGGGGGUGCUGCACCACAGGCUUUGAACCCAGCUCUUGGGCAGGCCCUGACAGCAUUGCUGGCAACACAGGGUGCGGGCUUGGGGCUAAAUAAUCUGCUCGGGACAUUGGGUUCUGCUGCUGCAGUUACUCAGGCUAUGCCAAGUGCUGCUACCGGACUACAGGCUUUAUAUGGGACCCAGGCAAAUAUAAACCCUGGAGUGAUGGGAGGUUAUGGUAAUCAGACUGGGAUGCAGGGAGCUUAUCCAAAUCAGCAGAUAGGGCAGGGUGGGUCUGGAAGGGGGCAGCAUGGUGUUGGACAAUUUGGUGGUGUUGGACCUUAUAUGGGGCAUUAAGUGUCCCUCAGGUGACCUUAUGCAGCUUGAGCAACUAUAGAAAUUAUGCCUUACUUGCACUAAGGAUUUUCCAUAUGGUUGGGUUGAAUAAUAUAACUUCGAUCUUCAGAUUGAUUUCAGAGUUCAUUUCCUCGGAAAACUUGUCAUGUGGUUUUUUAAUUAUAAAAUUAGGGUAUAGCAUAGAACUGAGGAAACGAUUUUGAAACUUUUCCUUUUUAUGAGGGUAAAAUACUGCUUUAAAAUUACUCUGUGUGCGUAAAUUGAGCAGCUUGUUUAGAAUUACUUUUUUUGGUGUUUCCAAGUGUUUUCGUUGUCGGUCUUACUCAAAUCAAAUUGAGAACAUCUUGUUCAAACUUCGUGUUGGUUAUUUUUGUAAACAUCAACUAUUGUUUACAUUCGGUAAAGUCUUUGCAGUUGGAUCUUUUUGAAGAACUUUUGAAGAU